CCGUGUUUCGUGCAGCAGCAACAAACAAGGAUGAAGAGCCAGCAGCGCUGCGCGGACGCGGACAAUAGUUGGGACGUGAAGCUGAAAAAAGCUCACCGGCUUUAACUCGACAACAUUAAAGCCGAGCAUCUUGAAACAUCGGCAGAAUUUGUACAUAAUAAGUGUCUGCAGCGGAGCGUCCCCGCAUCUGUUGUUGUUAGCCGCUGAUGCUAAACCAGCGAGCUAAUUGUUAAAGCGAGACUGAAAACACAAGUAAAGUAGGUUUUUAGUGUCUGACCUGAGCAGCCUAUUGACCCCGGUGACCAGACUGGGGUUUGUGUAACUUAAUGGGGCCGACUGACCCGUAUUACCGUGGCUUUAGUUAAGGUAAAGGAGUGAAGGAGUACUAGUUUGGUAGCUUCAGCAUUAGCCUCUCCAGCAGCAGCAUGAGUAGGAAACAGCAGUUUAAAGGAGCCGAGGUCAGCUGCUGCGUCAAAUACUUCUUAUUUGGCUUCAACAUCAUAUUCUGGUUACUUGGAGCAGCAUUCUUGAGUAUCGGCCUGUGGGCAUGGGCGGAGAAGGGUGUGCUGUCCAACCUGUCAUCAAUCACAGAUCUCGGGGGAUUCGACCCAGUGUGGCUCUUCAUCGUGGUGGGAGGGGUCAUGUUCGUCUUGGGCUUCGCUGGCUGUAUCGGAGCGCUCAGAGAGAACACCUUACUCCUUAAAUUUUUCUCCGUGUUCCUGGGUUUGAUCUUCUUCUUGGAGCUGACUGCAGGGAUCCUUGCCUUUGUUUUCAAGGACUGGAUCAAAGACCAGCUUAAUUUUUUUAUCAACAAUAACGUCAAGGCCUACCGUGAUGAUAUCGACUUGCAAAAUCUCAUCGACUUUGCCCAAGAAUAUUGGUCAUGCUGUGGAGCUCACGGGCCCGACGACUGGAACCUGAACAUCUACUUCAACUGCACUGAUAAGAAUCCCAGUAGGGAGCGCUGUGGAGUCCCCUUCUCCUGUUGCUUAAAGGACCCCGCGGAGGAUGUCAUCAACACGCAGUGUGGUUAUGAUGUUCGGCGUGAAGGGGAGCUGGAUCGGCAAAAAUAUAUCUACACCAAGGGCUGUGUGGGGCAGUUUGAGAAGUGGCUUCAAGACAACCUGAUUAUUGUCGCUGGAAUCUUUGUUGGAGUUGCACUUUUACAGAUUUUUGGUAUCUGCCUUGCUCAAAACCUGGUUAGUGAUGUCAAAGCUGUGAAAGCCAACUGGUGACAGGAGGUGUGAAGUAGGGCAGCCGCAGCACUCGCCCCAGUCAGGUCAACAACACAGCACACAAACAAAUCCGUCCAGCUGAAGACGGAGAGCCAACAGCUCAGUUCGCUUCGCCACUGAGCUCAGCGGCAUAUGCACGUAGUCUUACUUGCACAUGUGCAAGAACAGCGUUUAUUUUCCCUUUUUAUCAGUGACACUUAGAGGGGAGACAAUAUAUGCCAUGCGAACCAAACAGCCGGGAUUUGAACCUAAACCCAACGAGAGGACAGUCCCGUCUACUUCAGAGUCAAUUCUUUAUUUUUGAUGCCCUCAUCCUGUUCUGUGGACAGAUGUAUUUGUAUUUAUGGCACGCAGUUGCACAAGGACCCCCCGUCAGAUGGGAAACUGGAAGCCAUGGAUGAAAGUAAAGACGAAGUAAAACAAAGGAAACAUGACAGCGAGUUUUCCUUAAUAGGUCAAUCAUCACAGAUCCUGUUUUCGUUCCAAAGUUUAUCCCCACAUCCUGCUCCAGAGGAUGUUGGAUGACUAGCCAGCCGGAUUACCUAAUGCAUCAUUUUUUCCUUUCUCCCUCCAAGCAUGACUUGUUAUAGCCGCGUAAAAACUCUGAAUUCUGGCUGGUCAGUGUCUGGAACUUUAACUCACUUCAGGAAAUUUCCAUCCUUAUUUACAAUUUUAAAGUGCCAUUAAUUUGCAGUGAUGAUUUUGUGUCCUUCCUCUUCAAAUGGAAUUUCUGCACCCCACCCCCACCCCAAUACCUCAGGGCCUGGCCAUCAAUAUACUUUCAGCCCCCAGUUAACAGCACAUCUGCUUUGUUUUGUUUUUCCAUCCAUGUCUGUUGACCUAAGACAUACCGAUGUGAUGCAGAAAAACAGUUCCAGUUCCUCAGAUGUCAACCUGUUUCGCCGUUUACUGAUUGUAUUAUCCGUUGAUUUACUGACAGAUGUUUUGUUGUUUUACAUCAAAUGGGCUGGUGCGGUUCAGAUAGGUGGGUCAGUGCCAUUCAAGGAAGGACGUUUGGCAGCAGAGAUUACUCUAAGCAUCCCUCAGGCACAUGGGAAUGCUGGUUUGGGGCCUUUUUUACUUGACUUAUGUUACCACAUCUGUCUUACAAUUCGUCCUUUUUGCAUAUGAAUAUUUGUUUGUUGUGUAAAGAUGUCUUUUAUUCCAACUUCAUUUUGUUUCCUCUUAUAGAUUCAUAUAUUCUUGGUUCAUGGAUUUGAUUUUACAAGGCACUUGUUUUACCUCUAACCCCAAAGUCAACUAGCUGGCUUCUGAUUGUUGAGGUUUUUUAGUCUUAAUGGAGACCAAAUGAUUUCAGCUGGCCACUAACUUAACUGUCUGAAAAGAAUUAUUGAUAUUUUUUAUUAGGAAUGCGUUUCUAGAUAGUAUAAAUGUGAAUUUAUUGUCUCUUUUGUGUCCGAAGUGCCAGUUAAACUGAGAAAUUAAAAAUACAGGAUCAUUUUUAUCUUUUAAUUCAAUGUUGUGUCUUUUUGUUUGGACUGAAUUUCAGAUAGAAUAGCAGAUAAAUGCUGUUACCUUUUUUUUUUUUUCUUAUACUAGCAACAGUUUCAAUAUAACAUGAAUGCUGCUUUAAUGUUUACUAGCUGUGUAGUGCAGUAACCGAGCUAACAAGAACUCUCACAAUUGGAAGAAAAAAAAAUUAUUUAAUUUUUUACAAAUUUCUGAAGUUUACACAGCCUUUAUUGCCCUAUAUCUUUUGUCAUACGAGUUAUUGGCUCUCAUUGGCUAAUUUUGUACAUUAUUUACGGCAUUCGAGCAUAAUUUCUGGCUCUAACCGGGUCAUUUGGAUGCACGACAUAAGCAGGAUUUGAGAGGGAUUUGCUUGACCAAACACAGGUCUGCAUAUACACACACACACGCACACACACACACACACUUAGACAUGCGGUUUUGAAUGCAUGGCACACAUGCUGUAAGAUGAGAAGCAUUCAUAUUCUGCGAACAGUUCGCCAAAACUUUUCCAGCUCGUCUGCGUCUGCCUGUAGGAUGCAUAUGUAGAAGGUUCAUUCGCAAAUACCUUAUGAUCAUCUGCUGUGUGCACAUGUCGCAUGUCGUUUUCGCCCACACGCUCCCCUCCUCAAAAGUGCUACCUGAUCACAGUACGUCUGUUUCCCCUUGUCUUCCAUAUUGAUGUAUUUUUAAACAGUGGAAAGACGAGGAAAAAAAACACAAGACAAAACAGCAGUCGUUUGAAUUUAGGUGUCACAAAUGUUGCAGUACGAUAUCGCCGGUGGAGCGGAAUGCAUGGAGCCUUAAUGACUUCUGCCUCUGCGAAUGGAUGCGUAUCCAUGGGAGAAGCUCAUUUCUUUCAGCACUUUAAUCAGUGAAUAAGUAUCACUGGUAAUCUGAGAAAGCAGAUAUAGGAUUAUUUACUCACAGGAUGAAACACCACUCGCAGUCUUGCACGUCCUCGACCAAAGUUGCACCAUUCAUCAGACAUGAUUAAUUGUUUCUCAUUUACACCCCCUACAUUGUGCGUGCGUGCGUGCGUGCGUGCGUGCGUGCGUGCGUGCGUGCGUGCGUGCGUGCGUGCGUGCGUGCGUGCGUGCGUGCGUGCGUCUGUGCGUCUGUCUGUGUGAGGCUUGUUUGCAAACCAGUUUGUACCACAUCCGUCUGGAAGAAAUGCAACGGUGUCUGAGCUCUUUGUGGCUGCCUUUUAGCUGUGCUGGGCAGAUGGGGAUCACAAAUGUCAGUUCUUUUGCAUCACAGAGCUGCAUCUCUUGAACACAGUCCUGCCCUUUCCUCUGCAACCCCCCUCCAAAUAGCUGGAUGGUUGUGCAAAUAACUAGUCACCUUGGUAACAGUGAUAACAAUGGCAUAAUCGCCUUGCAGUGGUGACCCGGCAGGACUGCAACAGAGUUGCAGGUUUGUUUUCACACCGUUGGGUUAUUCUGCUUAUUUUCUUAUUUAUUAUUUCCUUUAACAGAGUGGAAAGCAUGAACUGUGCUUAUUAAGCUUUGUUCUUUGUGGAAAUAGCCUUGCAUCAUGAAACACCUUAAUUUCUCUGCUGUCCCCAUCGGUACAUACUCAAUCAUUCCCCACGAGGAACCUAACGCAUCCCAUGAAUGUACUGGAUGUACUGUGUCUGUUUCCACACGGACCACCUGCUCUGUGUUCUUAUGCAAUGCUAUGCAGAGCACAAACUAGUCUUAGCACUCUGAAAAAGGAGCUCCGUUCAGUGAUGUCUUGUCUGUUUUCCCGGUUAAUCAGUGAUUCAUUUUUUCCUAAUGAUUUGACAGAACCUUAUAAAGUUUGAUGUGUGCAUUUAAGACAAACCAGCUUGUUGUGAUAUAUGCAGUGGGCCUUACUUAGCUUUAUUUUAUUAUUUUAACCACAAAAGUGAGCCGCACACCGGUCAUUGACUUACCUCAUCGCGUGCAUGCGCCGCCCACUCCAGAGCACAGAGAAACAGCGUAUCCGAUCAUCAACAGCAAUACCGCAGGUGUUAGUUCUGACAUUUCAAUGCAAGGACAUGACAUUUGACAGACACACGAGCCUGUACAGACCGUAAUAGACAAAGCCUUUUAAUUGCCACGCUUACUGAAUCUUUACAGAAUUUACCUUCGUGGAAACCACUAUCAUUAUUUCUUUUUACAGCAGAGCAGCAAAAAUGAUCUUUCAUUGUCCUUUUUAAUUAUUUUUUUUAAUUUGUUUUGUGUCCAACAAUAAAACAAACAAACAAUCAGAAUCAUGUCAUCUGCUUGUUCUUUCUGCUUUUACCAGCCUGCUCUGAGGAUUAGUUUUGUAAAGAAAUGUAAAUGAAAACUGUGGUCUGUUACACUGUACAUGCUGUUCAAACAUGCCUCUUUCAUAUAUUAAAGGAUUCAUGACACCA